AUGUUCAGGCAAAUCUCCGAGGAGCUAAUCGAUGAUUUCUGUCGCUGUUGGAUGCCUACUGUGCGAAAGACGUCAUGGGCUGAUGGUAAUGCGGGGCGGAGGUACUCGGCCUGCGAGAAAUUUCGGAUGUUGGGUGGGUGCACAUACCAUGUGUGGGUUGAUCCUCCAAUGUGUUAUAGAGCACAACAACUCAUUCCUAUGCUUCUGAAACGGGCCAAGAAAUUGGAAGAAGAAAUUGCAAGAAGGAAGAAAUGGGAGAGGCUCAUGUUGGCAAUUGUUGGUUUGAUUGUUCUGUGCAUAAUCAAGUGUAAUGGGUGUGCUUGA